GGCGGGGCGGCUCGGCUCGGCAGCAGCGCCGCCGCGGAGCUCCAAACAUGCAACAUGGCAGCAGCCAUGGAAACUGAACAGCCGGGCCUGGAAAUCUUUGAGACUGCGGGUCGUGAGGAGCAGGUCCCGAGGGAGGAGCAGCCAAAACUGGAACCUUUCUAUGUAGAGAGGCAUUCCUGGAGCCAGCUUCGGAAACUGCUCACAGACACACGGAAGUAUCAUGGAUACAUGAUGGCAAAAGCCCCUCAUGACUUCACCUUUGUGAAGAAAAAUGACCCCGAAGGGCCGCAUUCCGAUAGGAUCUACUAUCUGGCAAUGUCUGGGGAGAACAGGGAGAACACGCUCUUCUACUCUGAAAUUCCCAAAACCAUAAACAAAGCUGCUGUCUUGCUGCUUUCCUGGAAGCCUCUUCUGGAUCUUUUUCCGGCCAUCCUGGACUAUGGGAUGUACUCCCGGGAAGAGGAGUUGCUGCGGGAGAGGAAGCGGAUCGGCACCGUUGGGAUUGCCUCCUAUGAUUACCACAGAGAGAGCGGCACCUUCCUGUUCCAGGCAGGGAGUGGGAUUUAUCAUGUCAAAGAUGGAGGCCCCCAUGGAUUCACCCAACAGCCUUUAAGACCCAUUCUGGUAGAGACCAGUUGUCCAAAUAUCCGGAUGGAUCCCAAGCUUUGUCCAGCUGAUCCAAAUUGGAUUGCAUUUAUCCAUUGCAAUGACAUCUGGAUAUCUAAUAUCGAAUCCAGGGAAGAAAGGAGGCUGACGUUUGUGCACAAUGAACUGGCCAAUGUUGAGGAGGAUCCAAAAUCUGCUGGCGUGGCUACUUUUGUGCUGCAGGAGGAGUUUGACAGAUACACUGGCUACUGGUGGUGCCCAAAGGCACAGCCCACACUGGAUGGGGGUAAAGUUCUUCAAAUUCUUUAUGAAGAAAACGAUGAGUCAGAGGUAGAGAUUAUCCAUGUCACAUCACCCAUGCUGGAGACAAGAAGAACAGAUUCCUUCCGGUACCCCAAAACUGGUACAGCAAAUCCAAAGGUCACUUUCAAGAUCUCUGAAGUGACAAUCAAUGCAGAGGGCAGAAUUGCAGAUGUUGUGGAUAAAGAGCUAGUUCAGCCCUUCGAGAUCCUCUUUGAAGGAGUAGAGUACAUUGCUAGAGCUGGGUGGACGCCAGAAGGAAAAUACAUCUGGUCCAUCCUGCUGGAUCGCUCCCAAACUCGGCUUCAGAUAGUCCUGAUCCCUCCUGCAUUAUUCAUCCCCACAGAAGAUGAUGCAAUGGAAAGACAGAAACUUAUUGAUGCUGUACCAGAUUCUGUUACACCUUUCAUUAUUUAUGAAGAAACAACAGACAUCUGGAUAAAUAUCCACGAUAUCUUCCAUGUGUUCCCUCAAAGCCACGAAGAUGAGAUAGAGUUCAUCUUUGCCUCCGAGUGCAAGACGGGCUUCCGGCACCUGUACAAGGUGACGUCGGUUCUGAAGGAGAGCAAGUACAAACGGUCCUGUGGGAGCCUCCCUGCUCCGAGUGACUUCAAGUGCCUCAUCAAAGAGGAGAUAGCAAUUACCAGUGGGGAAUGGGAAGUGCUUGGCAGACAUGGAUCCAAUAUCUAUGUGGAUGAAGCCAAAAAGCUGGUGUACUUUCAAGGCACAAAAGAUUCCCCUCUGGAGCAUCACCUGUACGUUGUUAACUACGAGAAGCCCGGGGAGGUGAAGCGCCUGACGGAGCGCGGGUACUCGCACGCCUGCUGUGUCAGCCAGGACUGUGACAUGUUCAUCAGCAAGUACAGUAAUCAGAAGAACCCCCACUGUGUGUCACUGUACCGGCUGACAGGAUCAGAAGAUGAUGCAGCUCACAGGACUAAGGAAUUCUGGGCUACCAUUUUAGAUUCAGCAGGUCCUCUCCCCGAUUACAUUCCCCCUGAAAUGUUCUCCUUUGAGAGCUCCACGGGGUUCAUACUGUAUGGAAUGAUGUACAAACCCCACAAUCUGCAGCCUGGGAAGAAGUACCCCACAGUGCUCUUCAUCUAUGGAGGCCCCCAGGUACAGCUGGUGAACAACCGGUUUAAAGGAAUCAAGUACUUCCGACUGAACACCUUGGCCUCUUUAGGCUAUGUCGUCGUUGUCAUUGACAACAGGGGCUCCUGCCACCGAGGGCUGAAGUUUGAAGGAGCCUUUAAGUACAAAAUGGGACAGAUAGAAAUCGAUGACCAGGUGGAAGGGCUGCAGUAUUUGGCAUCACAGUACGACUUCAUCGACUUGGAGCGUGUGGGCAUCCACGGCUGGUCCUACGGAGGCUACCUCUCCCUAAUGGCUUUAACACAGAGGUCAGAUAUCUUCAGGGUGGCCAUAGCUGGAGCCCCCGUCACGCUGUGGAUUUUCUACGACACGGGCUACACGGAGCGCUACAUGGGCCACCCGGAGCACAACGAGCAGGGCUACUACCUGGGAUCCGUGGCCAUGCAGGCUGAGAAGUUUCCUUCUGAACCAAACCGUUUGCUGCUGCUACACGGAUUCUUAGAUGAGAACGUUCACUUUGCACACACCAGUAUUUUGCUCAGCUUUUUGGUGAGAGCUGGGAAACCCUAUGACCUACAGAUCUACCCUCAGGAGAGACACAGCAUCAGGGUGCCUGAGUCGGGCGAGCACUACGAGCUGCACCUGCUCUAUUACCUGCAGGAGAACCUGGGCUCUCGCAUUGCUGCCAUGAAGGCCAUGUGACCUCAGAGCUCUGCUCCGCAGCUGCUCCCGCACAGGGAGCUGCAGCAAGCUAGAGAGAGUAGAAUGGAGCGUUGCUUUCUGGUGCCUGCCACACGUACACACCCUCACAGACACUUUUUUAAAAGUCAGUUUGGUGCCAUACGGGAAAUUAAAGUACGCUGAUCUAAUAACUUUAGUUAUUAAACUUUAAGUUUAAGCUGUAAAUAAAAUCCAAUGUCUGUGGUAUAAUACAGUACCAUGGGUGUUCUCUUGGGGGACGAGCUGAAACUGAAAAUAACGUACUUCUACAGCACCAGAUCUUCACUUUUUAGAAGAAUUAUGGCAUAAUUGAUGUAUUUUUACAGUGUGUUCCUUGGUAUCUUAUUACAUUAUACUGGAUGAUUUACUCACUACACAGCAAGAAUUUACCUGAAUGGUUACAACUUUUAUUAAUUUUAAAUGCUAUCAUAUAGCUUUUAUGCUUUGUGAAAAGGGAUGUGUCUCACUCCUUAGAAGGUGGUCACAAGUUGGACACGUCCCCUGUCUAGAUGUUAAUUGUUUUUUAAGAAGAAAGACUUUUAAGCUGCCUGUUAACAUAUUUAAAGUUUGGAUUCAGAUCAGUUGAUGCCAGGUUCUUUGAUUCCUUCUCCCAUAGGAUAAAUCAUUCUCUUUUCUUCCAGCAGCUUGAGAACCUAUCCUGAUUGUACUUGAUUUCAGUGGAGAAGUGAAUUGAUACUUUACUGUGAUAUGGGCAUAACAAUCUUUUAUUCUGAGGUGCAAACUAACAAGUUAAAAAUCAGAAACUGUAAACUUUCAAACAAGCUUCAAAGUGCAUCCUGUUGAGAUGUUUCCCUGAUGUUCACUCUGGAGCUGGGUUUGCAAUACUCCUUCCUCACCCUCACAUCAGCAUGAUAUGUAUGCAUCCUGUUGCAAUGUAGAAAUUCAAUACUCUUAUUCCAGGGUCUGCAGAGUAUGUGUGGGGAGACCUUACAUGUGAGGCAAUGUGAGCUGUUCUGUUGACUUUCCUCAUGUACCAGGGGCUAUUUCCCAGGCUCAUGCCCUGUCCAGUCCCCUGUUCCUGGGUCCUUUCUAGCACUACUGUGCAUGAUGAUGAUGAUGCUGUCUUUGAGAACCCCUUUCUGUACAGCUUCAGGUAACCCUCAAGGAAUUGCAGUCCCAGUUGUGUUUUUGCUACUGAGGUUUUAACUAAGCAGCAGGCUUGGCUGAAAAGCAUGAGCGUGUGAAGGCACUUUUAACUGGCAACAGGUAAUUUAGGCUAGAAAUCCAUAGAAAAUUGUUUUCUUUAAUCCAGAAAAUUCUCCCUUUGGGACUUGCCUUUGAGACUCUGAUAAGUUUUAAUGGUUUUCUUAGAAACCCAAGAACUUCCUUUUCUUUCUGUUUUGGUCCUAGAGAGAAGCAGAGCAUGAUUUUCUUUUCAUCUGCUGAAAAUCUGGAAUCAGUCUUUACGCUCUUAGAAUUCCACAAGUUGUAACCUUGUACUUUCCUGGAUUUUGUACUUGAUCCCAGAACUCUGGGAUGUAGCAGAGUCUGGCUGUAUCGGAUCAAACUGCAUCGUUUUCAGUUAAAGCAGGGGAGCUGGGGCAGUUGCAGGGCUGUAAAAGCAGUGUGUGAGAACAGGAUCUGGUUUUUGGGAUGCACAAAGGCAACAGGCUGCAGGGAGCUUCCUUUGCAGUGGGGAGCCUUGGUUCGGGCUGCUUGCUGGUUUUCAGAUUUAAACCACCAUUAGCAGGUCAAUAACGGGUUGGUUUUGGGAAAGGAGGCAGAGAAGGAGCCCAGCUCCAGGAAUGUCUUCUCUUGAUGUCUUCUCUUAGCAGUUCAGUGUGGCUGAAGCAAGGGCAGCGUCCCUGAGGAGUGUUACAGUCAGCACCGAGAGGAGCACAGGUGCAACACAACAGUGGGUAAAGACAAAAAUAAGCUGUUCCUCUGGAAUUCCAUUGUGUUCCCAACGUGUUUAUGCUGUAUUAUAUAUACAUAUAUCUAUAUCUGUUCAUAUAUACAUAUAUGUAUAAAAUUUCCCAUGGAUAGUAUUCACCUUUUCCAAGGUUGUUUAUAUUUUGUUCAAUAUUAAAUUAACUUGCUUUUUUGGGGUGUUUUUGUUCUUUUUCUAGAGGUGAUUACCCUUGAAUAUAAAUGUAUAUGAUUUUUAAGAUGAAACUGAUCCUUUUGUUUAAAAAACAGAACAAAAAUGGCCUUCAUCAAACAGUGCUUUUUUGGGGGGGACUGAAGAACUAAACAUUGCGUGAGUAAACUGGGCUGGAUUUGGAUUUGAGGCAGGAUGUGAUUAUAAGUGCUGACAUAGAAUUUUUAAUAAUGCAUCCUUCCACUGUUUAAAUAUAUACAUCAAAAAGCUAUUAAAGUACAAUAUACUGUAACUGCUCUGUUUUGCAACAUAAAUUAUGGAUUCUUUCUUUCCUACCAUUUUCUUUUCUUUUUACUGUAGUUAAGCACUUUAAGACCCCGUGCUCUCUUAUCCUGUGGAAGUGCUGGAAGGAUUUAUCACCAGAGUUUUGUAGUUCUUGCAAAAGAGAUGCCUUAGAUGAAGUCUGAUUCCAACUAAAUUCCCAGUGGAGAAAGGCCCUGUGGUAUCGAGACUGCAGAGGUAGGAAGGUGUUAGUGCUGAGGGUCUUUGCAUCCUUAUUUUUGGGGGGAGUGGUAUUCCUGCACCUCAUAUGGGGAAGUGUUGGCCUGGCCUAGGAGCAGGACAAGGCUGUACCUUACAGUCCUGGAGAUGGGAAUGUCACUGAGGUUUCCAGUCUGUUUGAUAUUUGGGAUUGUACUUCAUCACUUCCUGCGUGUUAAAAAAUCUCUUGGUUAACGUGAGUUUUAAGCAGAACUGGUGAGAUCCUGGGGGAGCAAAUGCAAGGGAGGUUGUGGAGCAAAAAGCUGUGAGGAGGAGCCUUUGCUGUGGCUCCCAAAGCAGAGGUUGCUUCGUCCCUGUGGGGGCCCCUCUGCCUUCCAGAGGCUCUGUGUCUGCCCUGCUCUGAGCAGAAGCAGGACUGAGCCUUCCUUGCAUGCUGGAUAUUUAGUGUCACAGGUGUCUUUGAGAUGAAUGUUUUCAUAUGGUUAAGAACAUAGGUGAAAUAUGGGGAUCUGAGUGCUGAGGUGCUGAAGCUGUAGCGUGUUGGUGCAGGCAGUUUCCUGUCUUUUGAGGUGCUUGGGUUUGGUUGUGUUUGUUCCUGGUGAAAGCACGUUCUUUCACCCCAUUUUAGUGCGGCUUCCAGUGAUGCCUUGUCAGUGUGGGAUGUGCAAAGCUGUUGGGUUUCACCCCCACCUCCUUUUGUUCUCAAUGAUCUCUUUUUAUUCAGAACACAGUAAAAUUAGUAUCUACCCAGAACUGCUUAAUUUUUACAAAUUCAAUGGAAAAAUGAGCUCAAAGCACCAAGCAAAGCUUUGAAAAUAACUAACUUCAUUGUAUUAGAAUGGAAAAUGCAUUCCCUACUUACUAGUGGCAUUUGGAAAUAGGCUAUGGAAAAACUUUCUGAGUGGGAUAGUGUAGUAAUGCUUUAACCCUGGAGAACCUGUGCCUGAACCUGGGUAGGAAAUUAUGGAGAAUUCUCACGCUCCAAGUUCCAACCCAUAUUCCCUGGCAGGAGAGGUGGGUUGUGCUCCUGCUGUGUGUGUCUGUGUGUCUGGCUGUCCUGGUGCUGCUGUGACACCCAACCCUGCCCAGGCAAUAACAGAGUUUGAGUAAGGGAAACAUUGGCCAGGUGAGGGCCCUGCCUUGGGCUGCCUGUUUCCUUGAGUGCCAGAACCCCACAGAGACUUUCCACGUGCCCCUGUGCAAGGGGCAGAGAGCUCUUCCUGCGGAUUUUCCUUGGCUGUUCUGCACAGUAGAAGUUCAGGUGUUUAAUUUGAGAACAUGAAGUGCCUGCUGUUUGUGUUAACAGAAUUGCAUGUCUCACUCCAGUGGGUUUAUUGGGCUCCCUCCCUCCCCUCCCGAGCUCCAUGGCUUUUAAUCAUGUAAAGUGGAGACAUUAGUUUUGCUGCGUUUUAUUACAAAACCUUUGUUGCAAUAAAGAUGCUGCUAAAUAAAUUGA